AUGAUGCGGUGCGGCGCGAGUGUAAACGGCGUGAUUACGCUGGUUGCGCUGUUUCUCAUCCUCGUCGUCGCCGCUGGACCAGCCAGUGGCGCGGCACUCAACACCGUGGGCACGCGGGUGAGCAUCAACGGCCGCGCCAUCACCUUCAACUCGCUGCGCUGCGUCGACAUUCUCCCGGCUAAGGGGCCAAGAGCGCCCGCCGCGGAGGCAGCAAGAAGAAGGUGCAGUUUGCUAUCCUCAGUGGUUUCACUCAUGCCGUGCGACCCGUUGUUUCUGUGCCUGUGGAACAGGGCGAGGAAGAUUGCCAAGCCGCUCAAGUCCGUCCGCUGCAUCAUUGGACAUCUGCCAACACCCGUUGAUCCACCUGCUACAUCAACACCCAUGUCCCUCGUUGUCUCCCCUGCUCGCUCCCCUGCAUCAUUGCUGCGUGCUGUGCUGUGCUGGUCCCUAUUGCGCCUCCAGCACUCCUUUAAUCCCCCUUCUCUCUUCUCGUCUCCUCCUCUCUCUGUCAUCUGCGUCUCUCAUCUCCUAUGUUCUCCUCUUCUCUCUUCCCGUCUCUCCUCCCCUCUCUUCUACUACCAUCCUCACUCCUCCCCUCCUUCUCCCCCCUCCCCUUCCCAACCCUCACAUCCGCUGCUCCAGAGGACAUUUGCGUGCCCGGCGGAAUGCAGGUGCGAUGCAACCUCGGAGGGCAACGAACCUCCACCUGAAUCCUUUGAUUCACUGGGUGGCUCAUUGGGUUUCAUGGACGACGACCCUACAUCCGAACCCUCGACAGCAGACGAGGACAUUUGCCAGGCGUGCCCCGCGGAAUGCAGGUGCGAUGCAACCAAGGAACCAGGCGACUCUCUUCUUGAGCCUAUUGAUACGACGGAUGAUGACCCUCCACUUCCUGCACCCUCACCAACAGACCCGGAUGUGUGUGGCAACAGCACGCGCAACCCCUGCAAGUAUGGCUCCUGCAUCAGCGGUGGCCCCGGCUCCUACACCUGUGUCUGCCCUCCCAACCGCGUCCCAUCCACAAGCAACGGAUACCCCACCUGUAAUUAUGGAGCUUCUUCUCCCACGCUCAAGGUGCAAGGAGACAACUGGAGGUGCGAGGACGUCUAUCCUCUUUAUGGACUCACUCUCGACGAGUUCACUGCUCAGAACAAUGGCGUGGACUGUUCUGCUGCCCUCACCCAGGGUCAAACGCUGAACGUGGCUGAGAGGGACGACUUGACCUCCUGCUCUGUCUUCUACUUCAUCCAGAAGGGCGACACAUGCGAGUCAGUGGCAGCUUCUCUCGCCAUCUCCUCUCUCUCCCUGCAGCAGCUCAACCCCGGCUUCGACUGCUCCUCGCCCCUCCCGCCCUCCCGCUCCCUCUGCAUCGAGCGGGAGGACGGGGCGGAUGACGGGAGUGGGGAGUACUGCAAUACAGAGUACUCGGUCAGCGGCACGAGCAGCUGUGCGCAGGUGGUGAAGGACUUUGAGUUCUACUCCUUGAUUGAGCUCUACCGGCUGAACCCAGGGCUCGUGUGCUACAGCUCAGUGAAUGCCAACAGAGAGGCUCGUUGGCCCAAGAUAUGUACCGAGGCCCUGCCGGUUGGACUUUACGGUCCAUGCGUUGAGGGAAGAUCAAGAAGGGUCACGCCAUCGGCAUCGUGCAACAGUAUCGUGACCAGGUUUUUCAAAGGAAACAAGCAGCUGUAUGAGAAGUACAACGACCCGUGUGCGGGGACCAUUGGGGGUAGCUCCGAUGGGCCCAUUGAGAUCUGUCUGCCCCCGUAA